UUAUGCAUGGCCCGUUCCCCAUACUAGCUAGUUAAGCUUAUAUUCAUUCCUUGCUACGCGAGGGAGUGGAAUUUUAAGUUUGCUUGUGUAGAUCAAGGUCAAGACUUGUGCUAGUGCAGCGACUAAUCAAGGAAGGAAAUUGGAUCUGGAGAUUUUGCUUUAGACUGUUCUAUAUGGGUUAGAGAUUCCAGACAUAAGUGCUGACAUUUGAAGGAUUGAUUCGAUUCAUCAUGCCUAAACCAGAGGAGAUCAAGAUCCAAGCAAAAAAUAUCGACGCUGCAGCAGGAGAGAUAAUUGGCGUUUUGGAGGAUACAAGCAAAGGAAAUGUGAUCUUCGUGAGGGGUUGGCAUGGAUUUGGGGCAUCAGCGUCACUCAAGGCAGUAGCACAACAUCUGAAAUCAUCAAAAUCAAAGUUUGACAGGGUUAUUCAUGUGGAUUGCUCGUUGUGGAAAAGCAUGAGGGCCCUGCAAAAGGCAGUUGCGCAGGAGCUGGAGCUUCCGCUGUCGGUCAUGGCCAUCUUUGAUUGGUGCGACGAAGAGGAUGAUUUUAGUGGGAUAGACGAGGGCUCUCGAGGUGUGAUAGCAGAUAUCAGAGCAGAGAUCUUCAGAAGGCUCGUUAACAGUAGGUUUGUGGUGAUAUUUCAUAACGGGAGCAACAAAUACAUUGAUCUGUACGAGUGUUGUGGUGUCCCAGUAAUAUCAGUUUUGGGUAAUAAGGUGUUGUGGACCUGGCAUGGAAGGUUUCGAUCUAAAUUCACAGAUCUUUUGGAACUGGAAAAGAUGGAGCUGCAUACUGAUGUUGUUGUCAAUUAUUCUGAUGAUGAUUGCAGCCGUGAUGAAGCAUUAUUGGAAGAGGCCAAGGAGGUUGUUGCUUAUAUGGGUGUUCCAGAGCCUUACAUGAACCAUUUGAUAGUUGAGAAGUGCUUCCAGUAUGCCUAUGCACUGGGAUCAGUCCGUUGGUUUAAUUGCUUGAACAUGGACUGGGAUAAACAUGUUUCGAACUACUUGGUAUGUGAUGGGAUUAUACAAGGGCAAGGCAAUACGUCGACAUGGGGAGUUGCCGAUGCCAUACAGAGAAAUAUGUGUAUGGAUUGGCUUCCUCGCCCCAUGGAUGAUUGCAUUCCUUACGUUCAUCGCCAACUGCAGUCCAGGCUUCCUGGCCGCUUUGUUUUGGUGGAACACAAGAAGGGCCUGAUGCUACCUGAUGAGAUCGGCAUGGUGCUUUCUGAGGCGACAUCCUGCUUCAUCAUACUAGAUGCUAACACCCGGGACCAUAUGAUGACAUUACCAGAUGGCAUAUUCCAACAUUCCCACAGCAGCAAGUUGCGCGUGUUAUGUCUCUCUUAUUGUAGCUUCAGUUUUGAAUCGCCUCCCUUCCGUUGUUGCAGGCAGCUAAGAUUCCUCCAGCUAGUCACAUGCAUGAAUGUUGCAUCUAAUAAGCAUCCAGGCCACAACGAAGACAUGUCAUGCUUCGAGAAGCUAUGGGUGCUGCACCUGAGGUGUACAAACUGGUAUCGAUUACUCUCAGAAGAGAUGAUGAACUUUAUGGCUGACCUCAGGGAGUUGUAUGUGGCUUUUAGCUUCGAUAAGCGAUUCUAUCAUUGGAGUAUAAGUGAUUUACGUGGCGUGGGACCUUCCCUGAUCAAGUUCCACGUAAAAUCAUAUGGACGCUACUGGAACGUGUCUCGUGCAAGUUUCCCUGACCUGUCUUGUGCAAGCUUCCUUAAGACAAUCAUCCUUGAGAAUUGUGGUGGACUGGAACAAGUUGUCCCCGGCAUGCUGUCCCCAUUGCUCGAGUCAUUCACCUUCAAAAAUAAUGAAUAUUAUAGUGCGGAGAUAUCUAACAUUUCCUUCCGGGGUUUUUCUCAGUUGAAGAGUAUACUACUGGAAGGAUAUCUAGAUAGACUUGAGGAGCUCGACCUAUCGGGCACAAGAGUGAAAACUCUCGACCUCAGAAAAGUGAAAGCUAGAAACCUCAUACGUCUAAUCUUGCUGGGCUGUGAGAAGCUUUGUGCAAUACUAUGGCCACCAGAAGACAAAAGGACAAAGGUUUUGGAGGUGCUGCAAAUCAGUACCAUAGGAUCUACAUCACCUGGCCAAGCUAAUUGGGAAGAGAAACUCCGGAACCCUAUUGCAGCUAUGGGAUCAUCAUCUAUUCUUGCUGCUACUGCUACAGAACAGGGCAUCAAUCGAUAUGCGUCCUUUGACUUUAAGUGGUACAUUGGCACAAGGGAUACAAGGAUCCUUAGGUCGCUUGAACCGGUUAAAGGUUAUAUUGAGCACCGUCACGUAUAUAUGGAAAUGGAUUCAUCUCCUACAAGUAGUGCUACUGUUGGACAUAGUGAAGUUGCUCAAGGAAUCCAGAGUCGGUGUCAGCCUGAUAAUUAUUCAUAUGCAGGGGAUAUCUUCUUUCAGAGCGACCUACAUGCUGGUGCUGAUAAUGAAGGUGCAACCGGCUGGAUGUGGGCUUGCCCGGCUAGUCCUACUCCAAGGGCUCAAGACUCGUAUGUUCACAUACAAGAAAAGCAGGAGAUGAAGAGGGGACUACUUAAGCAAAAACAGAGCAACAUCGAAGGAAUUAAUGCUGGAGCUUCUUUACUCCCUUGUUUCAUAGCCAACAAAACGCGCAUGCUUCACGUGCAUGAUAGCUCAUCCAUCACUUGCAUCACAUGCCCAAAACCACAAGGUUCAUGCUGGAGGUGGCUUGAAUGGUGCCGGGUUGAGAGGUGUCCUGAGCUACGCACCGUCUUUUAUACUCCCCAACCAAGUGAUGGUGAUAGCUUCUGUUAUGAGUUGGCCACAUUCUGGGCGUCUGAACUCCCAAAAGCAUGCUACAUCUGUGAUUGGAGUGCAGUACAUAUGUUUUCCUUUGCACACAUAGUACUAUUGCACCUGGACUAUUGCCCUAGGCUCAUAUAUGUGCUUGCCUUGUCCGAGACUGUGGACACUUUGCCUCAUCUGGAUACCCUGGAGAUUGUGUGUUGCGGUGAUCUAAGGGAGGUCUUUGCUUUGGACCCUAAGCAAAAGCGGCAGAGAAUUAUGGAAUGCCCCAAGCUAAGGCGGAUUCACCUGUAUGAGCUCCCCAGCCUGCAACACAUCUGUGGGAGCAGGAUGUCUGCGCCCAACUUGGAGACCGUCAAGAUCAGGGGUUGUUGGAGCCUCAGGGGCCUACCCGCCGUGAGCAGAAACAACCAGAAGCUGCCUAGUGUAGACUGCGAGAAGGAUUGGUGGGAUAACCUGGAGUGGGACGGGGUGGAGGCGGACCACUACCCUUCACUGUAUGUGCAUAGGCACUCGUCAUACUACAAGGCCCAGCAGCCAAGAGGCACCGUGCUAAGGUGA